GGAAGUUUUCCUCCAUUACGUGGUCUAUCUUUACUGUGAACAGUCGUUGUUGUGAACGGUCAUUGUUGUGAGCGGUCGUUGAGCGUCUUGUUAGUCGAGUUCCGUAUACUGAGUUGACCCCUUGCGGUUUACCGAGUUAAAUAGCAUGAAGGCAGUGCAACACCGACCAUCAGUUAAGAUGGGUGAAGGCUGUGCAACACCGACCAUCAGUUAAGAUGGGUGAAGGCUGUGCAACACCGACCAUAAGUUAAGAUGGGUGAAGGCUGUGCAACACCAGUAUCACCAAUCUAACUUACUGCUACAUCAGGAGCUCUUUGAUUUGCACAAAAUCAAUAGAUCAUUUUCCUAUUGCGUCAUGGCUGGAAUUACCAAACAGGAAUAUAAUUGGUUUAGAUUUAUGAAGUUUCUGAAUGACUGUGGGAGACGGGUCUUAUAUAAGACACUGUGCUGGGGGACACCAGACAAGCCCGCUAACAUUAAGCUCCAUGAUUACUUAGGGAACUUGGGAAAGCCAGGAAAUUUUAACAGAAUUCAAAAAGAAAUGAUCGACAAGAGUCCAGACGGAUCAGAAUUUGAUGUGUCGUUGCUUUUCCUAAGCAUCAAACUGGCUUGUAAGAACGUGGCGAUGUUCAAUGACCCGAAAUGGUGUACUCCAAGUGCAGAAAUGGAGUACUACGUCACUGCUAUAAAGAAUAUGAGAAACAAUGCUCAUCAUGGUCCACAUUACAUUACUGACAAAGAAUUCUUUCUAAUGACAACUAAUCUACGAGAGUUGUUAACAAACUGUCUUAAGGCAUCUGGCAAGCGGUAUGGGCGAGACGAGGCUGAGAUAAACAAGGAAAUUAAGCAGGUGGAGGAUGACCUGGACAACAUUAAGCAAGAGAUUCUCGGAGAAGAUGAUUUAAUGAUAAAUUACAGAGACGAAAUACAGCAGCUUAUGAUUGAGAAUACUGGCAAGACACUGAGGAAACUCUACCAAAACAUAAUCUUUAUUAACCCAGUGCCUUUCAUAGCCGAGGACCUGCGCCUUGAGGUUGACAAAAUCUUUGUUGAUAUCGAGGUCGAGCAAGGAAAACGCAGAGGUGAAGGUAAACAUAUAGACUAUCGAGACCUCAUCAAAAUUGCCCAGAGCCCGGCUGCACAUCCUUCUACGAGCUCUGCCUCCCAGCAAUGGAGAGUAUCCUCCCAGCCUCACGUGAUUCUACUUGAAGGUGUAGCAGGGAGCGGCAAAACGUCUCUGGUGACAAUGGUAACACAUGGAUGGGUAAAGGAAGGUCAAGGGAAGAUAAAAGGUUUAGAUAAUUACGACCUCAUGCUAUGGGUACAGUGCAGGGACUCCACCAUACACUCUUACCAGGGCCUCCUGGAUCGUUUGAUGCCUGACGAAUCAUUAAAAUUCAGGAACCUCUUGCCGCGAUUGAUGAAGUUUUGUAAGCUGCUAAUCCUAGUUGAUGGUAUUGAUGAGCUGAAUGAGAACUCGAAAAAAAUAGUGAAUAGUCUUAUACACGAGUUCAAGAACUCUUCUCACACAACUUUUAUCUGUACGUCACGACCCGAGCAAAUUGAAGUGUUUAAGACUACGAUUCCUCAAGAAUAUGAUGUUACACAUGUGGAGCUGCGAGGUAUACUUAAGGACCGAAUUCUCGAGUUUGUGCGUCUAAAUCACCUGGUGAUAAAGCAACAAACGAUGAGUGAACGAAGCACUGAACAUCUGGUAAAGGCAGUGGCGAAGUUAAUAGAUCUUCAGGAAUACUUAUCACUACCAAUGAACUUGAUAUUGUUAGUGUACAUCUGGGACCAGGCGCCGGACGAGCUAGACAUGGCGACCAUAACUCAGACGGAGCUUUACAAUAAAAUACAUCAUUUGUGUCAAAGAAAAUUAUUAGAGAGAUUGGCGAACAAUGCACAGGUCAACGUCAUGUCUAGAGACGGUCUACUGGACAGGAUCCAAGCUGUUUUGAAAGAGAUAUACAGGAGAGCUCUGGAGAGUCUCUCCCGCGACCAGUUGGUCUUUGAUACAGAAAUAAUAAACCAAAUUAAAAGAGUGUGUAAAUACGAAGGUUUACCUCACGAGGAGCUACUGUCAGCGUUCCUGAGUCUGAAGCCUACUUGGACAUGGGAAGGCGUCCAGGAGCAGUACACUGUACCCCACAAGGGAAUCCAAGACUACUAUAGUGCUAAACAUAUUGUGACGACUCUGAAGAGCCAGCUGCAGUCACCUCCUCUCUCAGUCUCAUACAGCCACCUCCCAACACCACCCAGGUAUCCCCCAACAUGUGCAUUUGCCUCACCUCCACCAGCCUCACCUCCACCAGCCUCCCCUCCACCAGCCUCACCUCCACCUGCCUCACCUCCACCAGCCUCACCUCCACCUGCCUCACCUCCACCUGCCUCACCUCCACCAGCCUCAUCACCUCCACCUGCCUCACCUCCACCUGCCUCACCUCCACCAGCCUCACCUUCAUCUGCCUCACCUCCACCUGCCUCACCUCCACCAGCCUCACCUCCACCUGCCUCACCUCCACCUGCCUCAUCAACACUCGCUCAACCUGGCAACAUCCGGGGAGAUGUGAAACCUUUCAUGAUAAAAGUGAAGAAGCGCUUAGAGUCCCCUUCCUUGCCUGGCAUGACACCAGUCCAGCCUGGCAUGACACCAGUCCAGCCUGGCAUGACAGCAGUCCAGCCUGGCAUGACACCAGUCCAGCCUGGCAUGACACCAGUCCAGCCUGGCAUGACACCAGUCCAGCCUGGCAUCAUCAGGAGAGUGUUGAAGCAGACCAUCACACCAUCCGAGGUGAUUAUGACCAAGUACCAGAAUGUUCUGGUUCAUGUGGCCGGGCUGCUGAUCAUGGAGCAGGUACCUCAAGCCGCGGCACUGGAAGUUGUUGACCUCCUGCAGGAGUCCGGGAUGACGGAUGAGGACCAGUGGCUGGACCUUCUUGAGAACACCAAGGUCACUCCUGUCACAGCUAAGGCCGUGGCUCCCUUCGUAAAUACUGGUGGAGAUAUAUACAUACACGACAACCGUGUGGGCAGCUACGCGGCUCUACUACCACACUUCAAGCCAUCCAGAGUGCGUAUUGAUAUCAGAAGUGACCCUGCCGACCUGCCUCGCCUGCCUGGCCUACUUGCUGGCCUCGCCCGCCAUCACUGCCUGGACCUGAGACUGAAGCACCAUUACCGCCAUGACGAUACAGCUGCCUCCGACCACAUCCUACAACGUCUUCAGCCUCGGUGAG